AUCGGUUUAAUCGUGUUUUGAAAUCUUUAGUGAUUACAGAGGGUUGUUAUGGAAGGUUACGUAUCUAUGUGAGAUUUGAAUAUACCUGACAAUUUUUGCAUUUGAAGAAUAAUAAAUAAUUAUUCAAGAGAGAAACAUUUUGCUCUUAUCUGAUGAUACGUCAUUCUUGUUUAUCCUACUUGUAUGCAAAGCAUCCUGAUCCUUGCACAGCAUAUCAAUACUUCUGUAAGAGAAUUGAUUUGAAAGAGCUCUCUUGGUAUUCGCCAAUGUUAAAUUUAUAAAAGAAAGAAUUCGAGCAAAUAUUUUGUCAAAAUGUGUGAGCAAACGGAAAUCAAUUAUUUGGAUGGAGAUGUCGUUUGGGUUAAAUUAGGAGCAUGCUGGUGGCCAGGCCAAGUCAUUGGAUUAGACAAUUUGCCCGAGGAUAUUCAAACCGAAUUUAAAAAGAAGCCAUUAAUAGCGGCAGUAAAGUUUUUUCAAGAAGAUACUUUCGAAUUUGUGAAAAAUUAUCAACAAAUUUAUAAGUACAACUGUACGCUUAAAGAUGAAUUUAUAAAAAAGGGAGUAGAUAGAUACAGAAGCAAGAGUAAAGAUGGUGCCAGUUACAUGGACAAAUUCCCAGGUGAUGUAGAAACGGCAGAAAAAUUAACAGGAGGAAAUCCUGAUAUAUUGAAUCAAGAGAAAUUUUCUCCAGAAGAAAAGCCGGACAUCUCUGCUCUGUUUGGCGAGAAGAAAAUUCCAAAGAAAAAGCGUGAUCGCGAGGAAGGACAUAGGCGCAGCGAUAGUGCAGAGAUCAUAAGGAAGAUCACACAUCCGCGCUUUCUACGUGGAGAGAGCGAUCACGAGGUUCGCAUUCGUCAACAACCCAGCAGUUUACCAUCGACUCCGACAAAUACAGGUUCCAUGGUAUAUCGCUGUCACUUUUGCAACUUUACUUCCUCACGUGUUAACGUCAUCAUUUGUCACAUAAAAAGUCAUCGAUCCGACGAUUCGCCGACGCCGCGAUUGAAAGUAAAAACAUAUUCUCAGUCACAUAGGAUUUCCGAUACAAGCACACCGAAGAGAAAAUAUAUAAAGAAAGAUAAAAAUCAAUCGAAUAAAAAGAAGACUGAGGGUAAGCUGGAAUCGACUAAACGAAAGCAUUUAAAACAGAGUGAAAAAUCCAAUAAGAAAAAGAAGAAUGAUCCGGAAUUGCGAGAAAAGUUAUUGGCUGACUGGGAUGACGAAUCAGAUGAAGAAACGAGUGAUGUAAAUAAUUCGCUAAAUAACAGAUUAAAUGAUUCCCCUACGAAAGAGCGAUUGAGUAUCGACGAUAGCGAGCAUUACAGUGAAAAAGAUGCCGCUGGAGUUACGGAGAACAAUGAAAUUCUAGCGGAAACCGAAAAAUUACUUAAGGAAACUGAAGAGUUAUCAUCGAUACAUAUGAUACGAGAUUCAUUAGAUAGUUUGCAUGCUUCAAAGAACGUACAAUUUGGUUUUGACAAGAAAUCUGAAUUUUCCGAAGAUUCUGGAAAAGAUACCAAGAGCAAUGGAGGAUCCAACGAAAUGUUUAAUAAAUCACAAAAGAAGGAUACUUCAGGUUCCGAUGGCGAGGAUAAGCAUGUCUCUGACAAAGAUGAUAAAAAGUCGCGAUUAUCAUGCUUCGAUUUCGAUGAAGAUGAUUUGAGCGAACCUUCUAUACCGCCUGUACGAAAAAUUCCCAGAGUUUUCGGCGAAAAGAAUUUAUCUUUAAAGAAAGAAAUUAUUAAGGAAUUUGAAAUGAGUCAAGCUCUGAAAAGUGAAAUUAAGAGAGAAGCCGAUAGAAUGUCUGAAUUAAGUAGAAGUAUGGAUUUAAAAGCUGACGAAAUAAUGGAAAUAAUACAAGGCAAAGACAAUCGACAAGAGAAGAGUGAAUUUAAAAUGAGCGAGAAACUCGAUGAGAGUGUAUCAGAUCAAACAAAAACGAAGCAAUCUAAUGAAGAUAAGGAAGAAGGAAGGAAAAUUGAAAAGCAAUCUGAGGAUAAACAAUACAAGUCUAAUAUUAAUACUUGUGAAACUGCGGUAGAGAUUGUAGAAAUUUUCGAAGUUGAGAAAGAAGAUGUUGAUGAUAGUCAUUCUUUGAAUGUUGCAAAGGACAUUGAAAAGAAAUCUAAGAUUAUUGCUUCUGAUGUAUCGAUAAAGAGGGACGAAAUGUCAGAGAAAAAGGACGCGACAGAUUUCAAACUUAGUAAUGAAAAAUUAUUACAAUCUGAGAAAACUGAUUUGGAAGAUGCAAUCGCGGAGUCUAAUGACAACGCUUCAAUGAAAGAGGCGGACGACACUUUGUCGGAACGCUUUACCACGGAAACAGAGGAUGAGACUGUAUCUGAAUCCGCAGAGACCAUGCCCGAACAAAGCGAAAAUUCAGAUAUUGAUAUGUUGGAUCAAAGUGUCGAUAGUCUCUCGGAAAAUCGUAUUAGCCAAACAUUGGUGAAAAGGGGAAGAGGUCGACCACGUAAGAACGUGAAAUCGCCUAAUAAGAAUACUAAUGCGAACAAAAGUUCGAAGACUAAUAGAGCGAAGGCUAAUAGAGGUAACAAAAGAAUUCGCGUGAGCGAAAGAAUCGAAAUCGAACGAAAGACUUCGGAUUCUGAUACAGAUCGUUCGUAUAGCGGCAGAAGACGCAAACCAAAUAAAAAAUAUUUAGAAUCCGAUAUAUACGUUCAGGAUCCUGACUAUAAAGCGUUCAGGACGGACGAGAGCCAAUCUGAAAGUGAAACUAAGGUUCCUGAGAAAAUCACAAAAUCCAGAAGAGGCAGACGCUCCAAAGGACUCGACAAAAGAAGCAGUGAACUCGUUGCUCAAAUGGAUAAACAAGAAAUAGAAGUAUCGGAUCAAACAUCGACCGUUGCUGAAAACAAUGUUAGCGUCUUAUCGAUCGAUAUAAAGAACCAAACAUCUGACAGUAAUGUUACUAUAAAGGAAACAAUACUUUCUGAAGAAAAAGAAGACAGAAAAUCUGUAGAAUCCAAGUGCGAUGUACUCGAGGAACAAGUAAAAUCUUUGAAUAAAGUAACCGUUAUACAAACCGUUGAUGAAAGAUCUUCGGAAGCUAUAGAAGUGACAGCACCAGAGACCACGAGUAAAUUAGAAAAAGUAGAAGUAGUUUUAGAUGAAAUUUCGAAGCAACCGUCUGAAGUGAAGGAGAAGGAAGAUUUGUCAAAGCAAAGCAAAAAUGCUGAAGAUUUUAAUGAUUACGAGAAGGGAUGGAUCGCAGAACAAACCGAAGAUGUUAUCGAUAAGAUGGAAACGCAACAAGAUAUCAUGAAAACAAACGUAGACAUGCUGCCUCCAAAAAAGUCUCAAAUAAAAAAAUUUGAAUUGUCACAAAUAGAUUUUUCCGAUAUAGAUAUUCAAGCUAACAAAAAUAUGGAAGCUGAGCCGAAGUCUGAACAUAAGGUUGAUUCUGAACAUAAAAUUGAAGUUACACUCGAAUCUCAGAAAUCUGAGUUUCAGAACGAUGCUGAAGAAAUAAUAAAUAAAGUAGAUGACAUAAAAGCGACGGUAGGCAAGAUAACGGACACAGUCGCCAUAUUUUUGGACACUGAGAACGAACAGCACGAAGAUGUGAAAAAUUUGGAGCUGCAGGAAACAUCAGAUAAAUCAAAUGUGAAAGAACAAGAGAUUCAGUCGAUGGAGGAAAUGUCACAGAAAACACAGGAUGUUGAUCAAUUUAAAUUGACAUCGCCGGGAAAAUCGCCUAAAGCAGAUGAUGUGAAAAAUAUAUCAAAAAGUCCAACGAAAGUGAUAACCGAGCAACAAUUGACACCCAAGAAAUCCUCGAUGCAAACGAGAUACAAAGGCAGAUUCACUCCGGAAACGGGGAAAGGGAAAAAGAAAAGAUUUAUUUCGGAAGAAAGACCAGCCAAUACAUUCCAAGAAGCUUUUUAGAAAACUUUACAAAUAGACAAGAAAAAAUUAGUCGAAAACGCUGAAGUGUCAUCCAAGGGAAAGAAGGAGAAAAAGUCCACGAAAAGGAAAGCUGAAGAGAUCGAUGCGAGUAUUGCCGUCGUAUCGGCACAGAGUAAAAAAAUUGACAAUUUGGACAGAGACAAUUUGGAGAUCGUCGAAAAUAUUCAAACUGAGGAAAAUGUAUCGGUUGUGAACGACAUUGAAAACGUCGAGAUAGUUGAGGAGAAGAUUGAAAUUGAUAGCAAAAUUGAAGAUACUGUUCUUGAGACUGAUGAUCAGCUCGAAUCAUCAUCCAGCGAAUUUAUUAUCGCGUCUAAACCAUUGCUUCAAUCGGAAACGGCUUCCGUUUCCGACAAUAACUCCAUCAGUUCUUGCAAUGUUAAAAAAUUGAAUGAAAUUCCAAAAGCAUCGGUAUCCACAACGUCUUUAUCGUCUGAUAUCAGCGUGCCGGUAAAGAAGCGCGAGAUGCCGCGAAUAAUAGAAAAUGUAACGCUGACUGAGCCGGUACAGAUUUUAAAGACAAAGCUACUUGAUAAAGUACCGCAGAAAGGUAUAAAGCACAAGCUGGAAGCAGAUGCUGCAAGAAGGAAUGAUCAAAAAAGUGGUCCCAAAGCAAAGAUAAUGAAGAUAGAGACAUUGUCUUCAAACAGCAAGAUGAAAACUAUUGCAAAAUCCAGCACACACAUGUGUUUGACUAAGAAACUUCAAGUAUUAAAGACAGAAGAGACAGAUGCACUUUUGGAGGCACAGAACAAAGAACAAGCUGCCGUUACAUCGCAGACUAUCGUGGCCGCGCCGAUAACAGAGAAAUGCGUAUCACAGGGCGCUCAAAAUUUCGCAGAUAUGGAACUGGAUAUUAACUCGAUGCCGUUUGUUUUCAGCGAAGACGUAUUAACGCCAGAAAGUAUCGAGCAAAUGCCCGUCGUUAUAUCUUCCAUUAUUCCAGCUUCUAGCUCGAUCCCAGCCACGCUCUCCUUUACCCCGACCACACAGGUAGCGUCACCCACUCAGCAGACUCAGUUCAAGAUCGCAAACGAGAUUACCGCAACGGAAACGACGCCAACGAAGAAAAAGAGCGGUGUGCCAGCGAUAUUGAAAACCAAGAGCAAAGCGAAACCGACCAUUACGAGUGUUAAACCAUUAGUACCGCCACUUACCGGCGGGGUGAAGGGCUUGAAGUUUCAGAGCGCACAACCGGCUGGUAAAACGCCGACUCUCCUAACACAGAAAAGUACUACUCCAGGGAAGUAUGUGGUCGUGCAGACCGCGGGUGGUCAACAAUUGCGUUACAGCGUCCAGGGCAAACCCGGAACUCAACAGAAAAUUGCUAUUCCAACUACUGGUAAGGUGGCAGGUAAUGCGCAAGUGAUACAACAAGGUAGCAAAGUUGUUAUACUAACAUCGGGACAGUCUUGCCAGACUAAGAUGGUACCACUGAACAUUUCCAAAACUCUAACCGGUAAAGUACAAAGGAUUAUGACGAGUAAGGGUCAGCUAUUGUGCCCGAUAAAUCCACAAGGUAUAAUCGCUUCGAAAACCAUUAUCGCACCAAAGACUGAUACGGUUACUACUACUGCUGCUGCUGCUGCUGCUGCUGCUGCUAAUUCACCUACCACAUCCAAAUUGGUCACAAGUGGUCACAAGAUCAUCAAUACGCAGGGUAUAAUCACAUCUAAGGGUGUGCUUACUCCGAUUUCAGGUACUCUCGCUAAAACGGCGCUACUGUCCCAGGGAAUUCUUACAAAGGAUGGCAUCUAUACUCCGAUUAGCGCUUCGACUUUAAGUGGGAAGACUAUAAUCGGUUCGAAAACUUUAGUUACAAAGGGUGGCACGACUCUUUUGACCCCUCAAGCGCAAGGUUUAGGUGGCACAAAAGCAAUCUUGACGCCAGUGACUCAAACCAUCGGCAAAACUAUAUUAGGCACGCAAGCUAUCGUUAGUAAUAAAGGCACCAUCUUGACUCCUAUAACCGGACAACAAGUUAAGGCGAUCGCCGCCAAGAGUCCGGUUAAAAGUGCCAAGGUUCAAUAUCAGUUGCAGCAAAAGGUUCAGCUGCCGAUAUUGCAAAAAUCACCAAAGGUACCGAUAUCGAUCGCAGGCUCGCAAACAAGAGUGUCCACGAAAUCACCAGGUAGCACGUUGAUCUUACAAAAUACUAAUCCUGGAGCGGUGGCUCAAAAAAGCACAUCACAUGGUAAGAAGAUUAUUAAACAAACAGUAAUACAACCAGGUGUCACCGUUCACGGUGUUGCUUCAUCGACUGGUGCACAGCAAACGGUAACGAUGAUGCAGCAAGUGCAGCCGAAAGGCAAAGCCGCUGUAUCGUCCACUGUGUCGCCGACCGUGCAAAAAGUUAUUAUUCCUAGAUCUGGCAGUCAUCUAAUAAAAACUCAGCAAAAAAUUGUCGUCCAGAAAGUGCAAGAACCGAUUGUGUCGGCGGUGCAGAGUAUCCAAACAAAACAGACGACCGCCACGACCGUUGCUAACGCGCCGAUCGCCGCCAACAAAACGGUCGUUCAAUCGAAACAGACAACUCCUUCAACUUCCAAAUUUUCCGCCAAGCCUCAAAGCACGAAUAAGACGCAGAAGAAUCUGUUGAACGUUGCUAUGAAUUCGAUAAAUAUCGCCACCACGUCGAAUGUGAAUGUCGGGAGUAGUGUCACCACCUCGCUGGAGACAAUUGACGCAAAGAAGAAAAUAAAGACGGAUCUCCAAGUUAUCACAGAUGCUCCUCAGAAGGAGCAAAAUAAAACGGACAAAUCCCAAAGUGAAAAGUGCGAUGUUGAAAAAGUGGAAGAGUCAAAGGUUGUCGCGCAACCUCAAAUUAUGGCUCUGCCGACGGAAAGCGGCGAUGGCACCUACAUGUUAGUAACGAUCGACGAACAAGGACAGAUACAGCCACUCGAUAACAACACUCUCAUGUCGUUGGAAGGGACCACACAGAAUCCGGAUGGCACGAGAACCUUAUAUAUAGAUCCCAGCUCUUUGGGAGAAGCCGGGUCUCUAGACAACAUUGUCCUUCAAUUUGACAACGGUGUCUUGCCGAAUAUUCAGGCUAGCGUGACGGAAGCUAGUCAAACGACUAUCGUAAGUGAGAGUUUUCCAGCGUCGGAAGUGAUACAGACCUCCAAUCAAGAUAUUUUAGCGGCUGCCCUCGCCAACACGGAUUUUCAGCAGGAGAUCAAUUUACCGGAGAAUCAAGCGGGUAGCGUCAUGACCCAGACUGGUCUGACUCAGACGAGUCUCAUCAAUCAAACUAUAUUGCAGUCUACCAUCAUACCACCCACAGAACCGAUAUCGUCGCCAUUGGUGCUGGAAACUUCGUUGACUUUAAAUCAACCCAUCAUGACGCCUCUCGAAGUACCGAGCAAUCUGCCGAUUCAGGCGGAUUCGACUCCCACAUCGGUGGUCUCUACUAUCCCGUCCUCUCUCGAGCUACCAAUCACCAUUACAAAUCCCAGCAUUUCUUACAUUUCUGCGACAGGAGAGGCGCAGAUUCAGAUCCCCGGCAACUCAAUGCCGGAUAUUGGCGAGAUUAUCGAGAGUCCGGCGGCGAUAGCGAGCGGGGAGAUAGAUCACGCCAGUAUUCCUGUAAGUACUCAGUACUUGGUGAUUCCGAGUCUGGAGGACAACAUGACGACCGCGGAGACGCAGAGCACCGAGAUAGCGAUCGCACCAUCAACUUCGUUCACUUCGGUCACCGUGCCGAACAGCAUAGUUCUGGAGAAUCCGCAGAUACAAACUACGCCAUCGAUGCCGAUUAUCGACGACACGUAUACGGAUAAUUCACAAUUCGCUACGACAGUUGUUACCGAGCAAACAUUCGUUGACGUGCCAGUAUCGGAGAUGUUGAUCUCUAAGACGCCGGCAAGGUCCAUGGAAGUUGCACAGUCGCGGGAUACCACGGUAACGUCGGAAAUGACGGUCAUUUCCUCGCAUCAGGUUCCAACUUCUUCACAAAAAUCGAUUGUGUCAACGUCAGCCUGCAAGUCCAAGAAUUUGGACGAGGAGCAGCAGACCGCGACGCUGCAGGUGAUUUACUCUUCUCAGGAAGAAGUUCCUAAUACGUCUGAAGAACUGAUUCUGCAACAAUCAUCAGUUAACGAAGAUAAAACCUCGGGCAUGAUGGAAAUCGUGCGAGAAACGGAAAACGAAAACAAGAAAAGCGAUGCAUCGAUGUCAGUUUUAUCGACGAUCGACGAAACCACCUUGGUCACGUCCAAAACCAAUUCCAAGAUCGAAUCUAUGAAACAGCAGCUGAGAUUUGAAGCAACCGACUCGGGCGAACGUAAAACCGUGAACGAAUCGCAUGAAGCGGACGCGACAGACAAGUUGAAACAGCCAAUAAUUUUCGAAGACUUCAGCGAUAAAGUCAACUUGACGGACCAGCAGCUAGCGGGUACGUCGAUCCGAGAUGAGGCUCGAGCCGACAAUCUGUUAAAACCCGCGGGGGACGCGACUAUGGAAGUAGUAGACGAAACGGUCGAAGAUUGUCAAAUGGACGAACCGUCGUCACAGGAGGAAUCUGACAGACGUCGUCUGCGCCAGAGCAUGGAAUUGCGUUUUGAGGAAGAGGAGGAAGAAGAGACGAUCGUGGAAGCUAGUCAAGAGACACCCUCGCAAUCUCAGUAUGAGCGAUUCAACGUGUCUGUAAGCAGCGACUCGGCGGAUCUACCUAGUCAAUCCGCCGCUAAGUUGGAGAGUUCCUCGGGCGAGGCGACGCAGUCGAUCGCUUACGAGCCAAUGGAAACUGAUGAGGAAACUGUCGUGGCAGAACCACCUACUCAAUCUUUCGAACAUACAAAGAUCAACGAAGCGUCUCAGUCGUACCAAGUUUCGGUCGAAUCUAACGUGAACGCGCCAACACAGUCUUUCAACGAGAUCGUGCAACAAAGUCAGAUCGGACGACCGAAUACCGACGAGACGAUCGAUGAUCAAAGCUUCCCCACGCAGAGCUACGAAGUCGACAAAGGUGAAAACAUGGCAGAGAAUCUAGAGGCCGAUGCCGAGAUCAGUCAGGAAGGUAACGUACCGUCGCAGUCCAACGACGUCGGCGCUGACGGUAUUGGCACGUCGUCCGUAUCAACAAACAAUUCCGGAUUGAACGAGGAUGAGACAGCGAGUUCGUCGUACGUGCCGGAAACACCUGAAAAUCAAGAGCGCGAUCAGGAUCAGGAGAGCGCGAUAAGCACGUCGUCGUACGAGAUCCCACCAUGCGAGGAGCUCAACAUCGCUUCGUCCAGCGUGAUACCGGACACGUCGGUCAGCACGGAGCAUACUAGCAUCCACGAUAACGGCGUGCCAGAGAUUCCGACUUCUUCAUCGUACAACCUGAAUCCCGAUAUCACAUCGACCCAUCAUGUAGACUCUGUACCUACUUCCAGCUUCCACGAGGAUCAGGUGAUAGUUGAGCAGAAUGUGUCGACGUCAUACGAGAUGCCGAUUCCGAUGCCCGGCCUGGAGGAGACCUGUUCGCAAAACUUUGUCACAGAGAGUAGCGAUCAUCGUCGGAACGAGCCGUCUAGCUAUUACGCUCAUCAACAAGAAGUGUCGGCGAGUUUCUACGAGUCUGUGGACCAAGAUGCCAACUCUCGAUUGGAGGAAGAAGAGGAGGAGGAGGAAGAGGAAGAGGAGGAGGAGGAGGAGGAGGAGGAAGAAGAGGAGGAGGAAGAAGAAGAGGAUGAGGAUCCACGUGAGGCGCAUGUCACGCCCGGUGGCUACUACGAGGGUAAUCCUCAAGAGGUGAGUCAAAGCUAUUUCGCCCCAGCGGAAGAGACGCCCAACUACACGAGUCAUGGCAUCUCGCCCAGCUAUUACGACCCCAGCAGACCCGAAAGCGAGGCGAGUCAGAGCUACUACUCAACGGACGAUCUGGACGGUAAGACGGAACAGUCGUCCUCGUCGCCGAAUAUCGAGGCGUCGCAGAGCUUCUAUCGGGAGAAAUCAAGCGGGUUGAGACUGAGACAACAGGGUGAGGCUACUCCAACAUAUUCUGAGGGAUACCCCGUGGAUUACACGCUAGAGAACUCACCGAUCGAGAGGCAUGAUCUCGUGGAGAGUUCGGUGCCAGCCACUAGGCCUAUGGAGAGGUAAUAUAUCAUGGUGGACAAUGGUGACGAUACAAGUUCCCACACUUGAAAUAGACUAUUGGCCGUGCCGCCUGCAAACUUUGAAUCUAUUUUUAAAUGUAAAUAUAAUAUAUUAAGUUAAGUAUAAUGUUAAGUAAGCGUUUAGAUUGUAAGAUGAAAUUUGACGUUUAGAUUUUACCACUAGGUCCUUACAUAUAAAUAAGUACAUUCGCAUACGUGCGUGCCUGUAUUUACAUAUGCUGAAAAAAAGGAAUUGCAUAUGUAAUCCGUAAAUCUUAGGAUUCGAUAUUAUAUAGUUUCAUCGUUGCAUUAAAAUAUGCUCUUGAUUUUAUCAUCAUGGACGUUUAAUAUGAUGAGAAAAGAAGUAGUGUCUAUACAAUCGCUAGAAUAAAAGAAGGAAAGCAAGCUAUUUAUAUAUAAUGUAUAAAGAGUACAUUAUUUUUCUUUCAAAUCGUAAUUCAAUAUCGUAAAGAUUCAUGUCGAACGAACGAUUUUUUAUUUCUGUUGAAAUACAUGCGUAUGUCCACGAAAAGACAAUGAGAUGAGAAUGACAAUGGUGAUUGCACGAUAACCAUCUUUUCUAUCAUGCCGAAAUAAGAGUCAAACGUUUUGUACGGCCGCAAGAAGAGAAAUAUUGUAAUCAGUAUCUCGAUAUUUUGCUGUUGCGCAAUAUAUCAACUCGUAGUGCAAGCGAUUCAUGUUCAUUUCUAACAGUUUUUAAGAGAUAAGGCGUACUUUUCAUUUAGUUAUAGAAGUCGACACAAACGUCUUUCCAUCUUGGCAUUCAACAAAUAAAAUGAUAUUUGUGUCGACUUGUGUCACCAAAUGAAAAACAUUCAUGAACUCAUGUGUGAUUGUUUAAAGCAAAAAAAAA